AUGGAUAUUGGCUCAUUGUUUGCUUCAGAAAUACAGUAUGAAGAAGAGCUUGUUAUGGGCUUGAAAUUAAAAUUAAAGCCAAGAGACUCUGGCCAGCUUGACACAGAAAUGCAUCUAACUCUAUGACCAUCAGCUGAAAAGCUAUGCUCACUAAUCCCAACUUUAAUACCUCCCACAUCAUCAAUUCUCGAGCUCGGAGCAGGCACAGGAUUAGUUGGCCUUUUCACUGCCAAAACUUUUCCAGGCUCCACAGUUCUUAUAACAGACGGAAACACAGAAGUACAUUCCAUUUAGUCAGUUGAUUUGAUUCAAGAAAAUAUCGAAGCAAACUCCUUAAAUGCCAGAAGCUCACACUUUUUAUGAGGAGAAUCCGCAGGAAGCUUCGACGUAAUCUUAGGCAGUGACGUGAUGUAAUUUUAACUCAGCUAUGACAAAGAUUUCAUCCACCCUCUCCUUAGAACUAUCAGUCUUUCCUUAAAUUCCCAUGGCUUUUCAAUCCUAGCCAAUCACACAAUCAGAUUCAACCCUCUGCAGAGGCUAUUCUUCGAAGUUGCUGCCAGAGUAGGCUUAGAAGUAGAGACAAUUGAAAGUAAUCCGAUUUAUAUUGUGAGAUUAACCUUAAAAAGUAACUAA